UGGGGUGGCGCGCGGUGCAUGUCGGUCCCGAGGCAGACUGUCCCCUCGCUGUGGGGCGCUCGGAGUCUCGCCUGACGCCAUGUUCCUUUGGGCUGCUGCCGCCCGGGGCCUCUAGCUGCCGCGGCCCCCGCAGCCUGUAGAGCCGCAGUCGGCGGCCGGGAGCAGAGCGCGGCCGCGCCCCGCCAUGUCCGUCAAAGAGGGGAGCAAGGGGCCGGCUCCCGGCACCAGCGACCGGGCCGUUAAGGCUGUCCCUUUUCCACCAACACAUCGCUUGACAUCUGAAGAAGUGUUUGAUAUAGAUGGAAAACCUAGGGUUGACAUUUUGAAGAACCACUUAGUAAAAGAAGGUCGGGUAGAUGAAGAAAUUGCACUUAGAAUCAUCAAUGAGGGUGCUGCAAUUCUACGAAGAGAGAAAACUAUGAUAGAAGUUGAAGCUCCAAUUACAGUGUGUGGUGAUAUUCAUGGCCAGUUCUUCGAUCUAAUGAAGCUGUUUGAAGUUGGAGGAUCACCAGCUAAUACAAGAUACCUCUUCCUUGGUGACUAUGUAGACAGAGGUUAUUUUAGUAUAGAGUGUGUGUUGUACUUAUGGGUCUUGAAGAUUCUGUAUCCAAAUACAUUAUUUCUUUUGAGAGGCAACCAUGAAUGUAGACACCUCACAGAAUAUUUUACCUUUAAGCAAGAAUGUAAAAUAAAGUAUUCAGAAAGAGUCUAUGAUGCUUGUAUGGAAGCUUUUGAUUGCCUCCCUCUUGCUGCACUUUUAAACCAACAGUUUCUUUGUGUUCAUGGUGGACUUUCACCAGAAAUAAACACACUAGAUGACAUUAAGAGACUAGAUAGAUUCAAAGAGCCUCCUGCAUUUGGACCAAUGUGUGACUUAUUGUGGUCAGAUCCCUCAGAAGAUUUUGGAAAUGAAAAAUCACAGGAACACUUCAGUCAUAAUACAGUCAGAGGAUGCUCUUAUUUUUAUAGCUAUCCAGCAGUUUGUGAAUUUUUGCAAAAUAAUAAUUUGUUGUCGAUAAUUAGAGCUCAUGAAGCACAAGAUGCGGGCUAUAGAAUGUACAGAAAAAGCCAAACUACAGGGUUCCCAUCAUUAAUAACAAUUUUUUCGGCACCUAAUUACUUGGAUGUCUACAAUAAUAAAGCUGCUGUGUUAAAAUAUGAAAAUAAUGUGAUGAAUAUUCGACAGUUCAAUUGUUCUCCGCAUCCUUAUUGGUUACCAAAUUUUAUGGAUGUCUUUACGUGGUCAUUGCCAUUUGUUGGAGAAAAAGUAACAGAAAUGUUGGUGAAUGUUCUGAGCAUUUGCUCUGAUGAUGAAUUAAUGACAGAGGGAGAAGAUCAAUUUGACGUAGGUACAGCUGCAGCACGAAAAGAAAUAAUCAGAAACAAAAUACGUGCAAUUGGCAAGAUGGCAAGAGUCUUCUCUGUUCUGAGGGAGGAGAGUGAAAGUGUGCUGACACUCAAGGGUUUGACUCCCACUGGAAUGUUACCUAGUGGAGUGUUGGCCGGAGGACGACAGACUCUGCAAAGUGCCACGGUAGAGGCAAUUGAGGCUGAAAAAGCAAUACGAGGAUUUUCUCCGCAACAUAAAAUCUGCAGUUUUGAAGAAGCAAAAGGUUUGGAUAGGAUCAAUGAGAGAAUGCCACCAAGAAAAGAUGCUCUUCAGCAAGAUGGUAUUAAUUCUGUAAACACAACAAAUGCCAAUGGAAACAAUGGAACUGGCAACAACAACGUACAGUGACCACACCAACUUCUGGUUUACUCAUAUGUCUUGCCUGAGAAUUCCUAGAGUACUGCUUUUUGACAUGACAACAGAUGAAAUAGCCAGGGGAUCAGUCAAACUGGCUUCUUAAUAUGAUGUGGAAAACAUAACUUGAUCCCACUGAAGACAAACCAUCAUGCUUUUGAGGCAACAGCCCCUCUCUAUAAGUGAUGACGGAACAUCUGUGAGCAUGCUUCAUAUAUUUACAGAAAUUCCAACAUUGCUGGCUGAAUACUGAGGAGAGCUAUGGGGAAAUGGUUGGGCUGUUAUCAGUAAAGCACAUCUAGACUAGCAUUUUAUGCUUAUCAUAGUCAACACUUUAAGUUUACAAAAUGGGAUUUUCUUUUCAGCAGAGCUAGUUUUUUUGUUUUGUUUUUUUUCAAUCAGACUUUCAAAUACAACCCUAAGAGCUACUAUUUAUUAAUGGACAUUGGUUUCAUGAAGUGUCUUUAAAAACAUAGAUUAGAAUAGUCUUAAAAAAAUCUGAGGCUGCAAAAACUGUGUGUUAAAUAAAUGGAAAAAAUGCCAAAAAUCUCAGUUGGUCAUUCUGUAAAAUGCUGACCUCAGGUGUACUCCUUAGAUGUUGCUAAUUCUGUAUUAUAUUCACUGUAUUUUUUAGUUAAAGCUUAUCAGAAAAUUUCUAUGUAGGAAUGUUUAUUACUUGAACACAGAUUUUAAAAUAUUUAAUGUAGAAACUUUUAUGCCCAGCUUUUGAGACUCUCCCCAUACCUUGAAUUUAAAAUAUAUAUAUAUUAAUUUUAGAAGUCUGAAAAACAAUGCAAUUGUUAAUUUUAAGGUACUUUUAAUUGAACUUUGUACAUUGUUAAAGUACAUUUUGAUUCAUAUCAAGUCUGUAAAGCUUGGCAUUGUAUUUUGUGUAUGCAUGUUUUCAUUUUGCAAAUAUUUAAUAUAUAGACCUCUGAUGUACAGGAACAACAUCUAUAGGUUAUAUAGAUGUUAUGGGUACUUUUACUUUAUUGUGAGUAUUAAAGUUGCUUAAAUAGCUAAUAAUCACUGGGCAGGCUGAAUAGCUGCAAGCUUUUUAUUAUUUUUCUUAAUUCUGUAAAGGAAACUGAAAAUGUUAUUGAAAUAUUUAUUCAGCACAUAAACAAUUGUUCUGUUCAGUUGUUAAGGCAUUAGUGAAAGUGUAAAAUCGAGACUGCAUGUUUUUUUAGCUACAGGACUGCUUGGUUAAACUAAAAAUUGAAACCAUAUGCUGAUUUGUUCACAAAUAAUGAACUGUACUGUUUGCCACUGUACUUUGUUAUAUAUUUUGACAUUUGCUACCUACCUUUCUUAUCCCCUGGAACACAACUUGAAACUUAAGUCACUAGAGUUCAUCUCCCUUUUUGUUUGCCAUAAAGUACAAUCUGUAGAAACCCCUGUCUAAGUUGAAAAUUUUAUGCAUGUUCUGAACUAUUCAAGUAUUUUAUAAACAGUAGCACACAAUAAAUUUUGUGCAUGGGCUGCUGCUUCUAA